AUGCUGAACACCCAACAACGGUACCAACAACGGUACCACCAUCUCUCGCGAAUAAACACCCUCUUCAAUGUGUUCCACCGACACAAGUUGAGCACCGCCGAAGUCCUCUACAUUGGCUCGUUUGUGCUCAACUUCAUCACAGGCAAAUUGCUCCAUGUGCUUUCCCAAAAAGAAGAGGUCUACAAUUACUACAACGACAAGGGCAACAUCUUCAACCAGUAUUUCGUCAAAAAGGGCUGGGCUUGGACAACCCUCGGGGUGUUUUUCUUCUACAUCGUAAAGGCGAUUCAGGGUUCUCUGGACUCGACAGGUGGCGUAAACGACAAGAAUGGACACGGUAAAAGAAUGACUGUAGCUCGUCUAUGUACGGCUGCGCUAAGAUAUGUAGUUGCCACCGUUUGGUGGAUUCUCUUCACACAAUGGUGCUUUGGCGUUCCGAUCAUGGAUAAAGUGUUUCUCUUUACGGGCGGAAAGUGUGCCAGCAUCUCCGAGGAUCGAUUGUUGAGGUACUUAAAGGGGAAACUUCUCGACCACAAAAUUUUCCUGAAGUUGGACACCAUCUACGAGUCUACCACUGUGUCUUCGCAGGUUUGCCGGCGACUUCGAGGCUCAUGGGAGGGCGGCCACGACCCGCUGGGACACGUUUUCUUGUUAGUGCAUUCGUCGCUUUACCUAUUCUUUGAGUUGACGGAACACUGGAAUGGCGCCAGCUCUUUGUUUUCUGACUUCCGUCGUAUUUUCGGGUCAAAGAAGACCCGGCUCGGGGUAUGGUCGUUCGUGAAGCAGAAUCCUGAAGUUCCAUUAUUGAUGCUCAUGGCGCUUUGGUGGUUCAUGCUCUUGAUGACCAACAUGUAUUUCCACCUGUUGGCCGAGAAAUUGGUGGGGCUUGCUUUUGGAUACUUUGGGGUCUUUUUGGUAUACAUUGCGCCUCGGUGGCUCAACUGA